AUACAACUCUAUCGUUGUUUUUCAGUUUAUAUUACUGAGUAAACCUUUCUAAAAUCAGAAAUUAAUUAAGUAAACACAGUAAAAAAGUGUUUGCAUUUGCAACGGCGGCGAAAAUCCAAAUUACAGAUUACAGAUAUCUAUUCCAGAAUACGGAUAUCCAUUUCAGAAUCCAGAUAUCUAUUCCAGAAUCAUGGGACAAGAAAAAGGGAUAGUCAAUACAGGAUUUACAGAGACAGAAUCAAACGCACAAUCCGCGUUUCGCAACGGUCAUACCGAUGUCAUCAAAAAUGGAAAUACCCAGACUUACGGUACCGGAAGCGCCGUUAAAAGCCACGUCAAACAGGAACCAAAGCCAGAUGACAACAAUAGCAAAUAUACAUGGGCAUCUUUUAGAGAAGAGUUUAGAAUAAACAAAGAGCUCCUGCCUGUGAAGUUUGCGAUGUUGUGUUUCCAUGGAGGAGUGUUCGCGUUUCUGCCGUACGUGACGCUGCACAUGAAGCAGAUCGGCAUGACUAACGAAGAGGUCGGACUCACAUACGCCAUCCUGCCCGUGUCGUCCAUCCUCGGUCCUCUGAUCAGCGGAAUAGUUGCCGACAAGCUGGCAGCGUUCAAAGCCGUCUUCCUCUUCAAUGUAAUCUGCGCGGCUUUGUUCCACACGCUCUUCGUUACGGUCCCCUAUGCUCCUCAUCCCCCCAGCCUCAGCUUUUCCUGUGGGGGGCAAGGGGGGCAGCUUGCAUGGUCUCCCCCAUCCUGUCACAUUCCGAGUCAGUCAAGCAGCGAAAUUACCUGGCAAGACAUGAAUGUAACUUUAAAGAAUUGCAAGCGAAGUUGCCAGACGCAGGAAGUUGGAUCAAACAGUGAAGCGUUCUGUCUUGUACGGGCCAACGAAUCUGUCUGUUUCGAACACUCAUUGAACACAUCGCUGGAGCUUACAAUGAGCAUCGGGUCCUCGUCUUCCAACACGUCAUUGUCAUCCAACACGUCACUGGUCUCCCCAGGGGCAGCUGCUCCACCUACUUGCUAUAACGAGGCGCCCCCCUCAUUAGGGGAUCUCCACUUCGAGGGGAAGACUUAUGAGCGCUUCAGCUGUACCCCGGUGUGCACUUUAGAGUGCAGCGUCGAGGGGGGACCUAAGCCCCAGCACUUCCAUGCUAAGCAAUACUCGACGACCUUCUGGGUGUACCUCGCCCUCAGGAUGCCGGGGCAGUUCUUCUUGGCCGCCGCCAUGACGAUGAUGGAUGCCCUCACGAUGGCCGUGAUAGCGAACAGGGGCGGGGACUUCGGCAAGCAGAGGCUCAUGUCGAUGCUGAGCCUGGCGUUGAUGCCCUUCAUCUCGUCCGCCAUCGUCACUAACGUGCCCACUGAUAACGGUUCCCCGGACUACACAGUCGCCUUCUACUUCGGCGACGCGCUGCUCGUGGUUGCCGUCAUCAUCACCGCCUGUAUCAAGCUCGAGCGCCCGGACAGCUCGUCGCAGAACGUCUUCCAGGACCUGAAGCAACUGAUGAAGAAGGCGGACAUCCUCGUGUUCCUGGCGGUGAUCCUCGUGCUGGGGUCCAACUGGGGCUUCCUUGAGAGCUUCUUCUUCGUCUAUCUCAGCGAACUGAAGGCUCCAGCCUACCUGCUUGGCUUGACCCUGACAUUUGGUUGUCUGGUCGGCUUGCCCGCGAUGUUUCUGUCUAACCGCAUCAUCGACUGCGUGGGCCGCGCUAACAUAUUCAUCCUCAGCUUCGUUGCCUACAGCGUCAGGAUGUUCGGCUACUCCAUAAUCUCGAACCCAUGGAUGAGCUUCCCGUUCGAGGCACUCGAAAUAAUCACGUACCAGCUGAUGUGGGUCGCCGCGGUCACCUACUUCCCCAUCUUGGCGCCUCCCACCCUCCUCGCCACCAUGUCGGGGCUGUCGGGUACCCUGCACUAUAACGUCGGCCGAGGAGUCGGUGCAUUAAUGGGAGGCAAUUUAAUUGGGAAAAUCGGAUCAGUGAACACUUUCCGAGUUUUUGGUGUCAUCUCUUUAGUGAGCGGCAUCAUCUACACUUUCGUGCACUACUUCUUCUUUGCAGGAAAAGUCAAAGAUGAAGAAAAAAAGCAGAAGGAGGUUGUGGAACUCAAGACGGACUCUAAGAAACAAGAGGCUGGACUGCCGUGAAUAAUUAUACUCUAAUAUAUACAUAAUUUUUCAAUCAGAUCUCUGUCCACAGUGAGAAUCUCGCUAGUUUAGAGAAUUACUAUGUCUGAUCUUGGCAACUUCUAUUUUUAAUAAUAAGCCUGGGAUACAAAUCAUACAUAUUUUAACAUUUGCUUCCACGAGCCAAAAUUAUCUUUCAAUAUUAACGAACUCUAGCUUUACUAUAAUUUUAGGAACGUUUUAUUUUCGAAAAAUAUCACGAACUAAAAAUAAAUUUUUAUUGUCAACAAGUGGAUGGAAGCAAGGAAUACAUGAAGUGGUCACCAGAUAUUCAAUGCAAUGGCUUUUUUCUACAAGAUGAAUUGAUCUCGACUAAUUACGCUAGAAUGUAUAAACUUUCCGAACGGUUUAACGACAUCGCAGGUCAUGGUCAGGACAAAAAGUUGCGCAAGAAAUAUUUUUGCGGCGUUAGUAAAUAUUUUUGCGGGAUUAGUGAGUACUAAUGUGCUGUCUAAGUACUACAAAUUAGCCUGGACUUGUUCAAAAGAAGAACGUUCAAAUUACAGACAAGUUCACAUGUAUGGUAUAAUUUUACGAAGAGACGUGAUUACUUAUCAUUUAAGUGUAUUUAUUAAUAAGGCUUAAUUAUCACAGAAAAAUAACUAUGUUAAUUGACAUUUAAAUCCUAUCGCUCAUAUGACUAGAUUAGUGACUCGAAAGGCAGCACGUGCCCACAUUUCCUUUCAUAUCAUGUAGCGUUACUUUUAUGAUGAGAUAUUGAACAAAUACAAUAGCUAAAUAUAAUGUUAACAAAGAUUAUACUGCACGCUUCACUAGUUCAUCGUGCGUAAUGAGGACCAGUGGCGAUUGAAAAAUCGUUUCAUUCCUUCAGUGUUGACACUUGAACAUUAUGUGCGUAUAUAAGGCACAGAUAAGUGUACGUAGACAUGAACCUGGAUCAUAUAAACCUAGAAAUUGGUAAUAGAAAUUAGCCAUGACUUUCUCGACUAGUGAGAUCGUGACAAACCAGCCAUACCCACAUUGGCAAAAUAUUUUUGGUUGGCACCUUGUGCGUACAUUGAAAAGUCAAACUCUCUGAGUUCUCUUAAAGGACGAUAAUAAAUUUGUACCACGGA